UAUAAAUGCAGGACCUUUCCUAAUUCUCUUUUCCCUUUCACUCUCUUUCAAAACCCCCCACCCCAAAAAAAAAAAAAAAAACCCCAGUUUCUCUCUCUCUCUCUACAUUACAAUAUAAGUGAAAACUGAGAAAAACCUUUGCUUUACAUGUAGCCACUUCUCUCUCUUUAUUGGGGAUGUGACAGUGUUGUAAUAUUUGCAGGAACAGAGCUUUCCUGAGCCAAAAAACAGGAAAGGUUUUGAAGUUGAAUUAAAAGUUUUUAUUUUUCCUCUCUGAGUGCCAAAAAAAAAAAAAAAGAAGAAGAAGAAGAAGAAGGUUGAAUGGAGGGCAGACUACCAAAAGUAGCUCAGAAUCUGAAAUGGGGAGCAACUGGGGGUGGAUUUUGUGUAGAACCAGAUAGCUGGCUGGUUGAUGAUCAGGAUCAAUUGUGAAAGAAGGAACUAGUUUGACUGUGUUUGGUAUUCUUGUUGAGGAGAAUUAGAAAUGGAUAAUAUGGGAGAAAAAGAUAAAUUUGAGGUAGAUAAUAAGAAUGAAGAUCCUAUGAGUUACUCACCUGGUAUGUCCUCAGACUGGAGAUUUGAUGGCUCCUCCAGUCUUACAAAUACAUCAAUGGGUUUGGUCCAAGCUGGGAAUUCCAUGGCAAUUGACAAAUGUGAUCUAAUUGCUACUUCUUCUUGCUCCUCUGCUUCAAUGGUGGACUCAUUUGUCCCCACACUUUGGGACCACCACCCCACAAGUUCACAAAACUUGGGGUUUUGUGAAAUGGGUGUUCAAAACAAUGUAAGUGCUUUAAACCCUUUAGGAAUUAGAAAGGGAGUCCCUGCCUCAUUGAGAAGUGGAAUUGAUAGAACACUUGAUAUGUGUUGGAAUCCAUCAAGUUCGUUGUUGAAAGGGGGCAUUUUCUUGCCGAAUAUGCCCGGAAUGCUACCCCAGGGCUUGUCUCAGUUGCCGGCAGAUUCUGCCUUCAUUGAGCGCGCCGCAAGGUUCUCGUGCUUCAAUGGCGGAAAUUUCGGUGAUAUGGUUAACCCUUUUGCAAUUCCUGAACCAAUGGGUGUUUAUUCAAGGGGUGGUGGGAUGAUACAUGGAGCUCAAGAGGUUUUGGCAGGCAAUGGGGUGAGACCGGUAUCUGGUAUGAACUCUCAAAGGAAUGAGCUAAAUAAUGCGAGUGAAGUAUCAAGAGAUGCUUCAGUGACUGUUGAGCCGGGUGCUAUUGAAGUGAGUCCACUAAAGAAUGAGAGGAAAAGCGAGAGCCAAGGGAAAUCUCAUGAUGAAGUAAAACAAGGUGUUGGUGGGUCUGGAAAUGAAUCUGAUGAAGCUGAAUAUAGCAGUGGCGUCGGAGUUGGUCAAGAGGAACUGUCUAUGCUGGAAGGUAACGGUGGGGAAGCUGCUACCAAGGGACUUGGUGCGAAGAAAAGGAAAAGAAAUGGCCCGGAUUCUGAUCUUGAGCAAGCCAAAGGAGCUUCACAACAACAUGGUGAAUCAGCAAAGGAUAAUACUGAACUUCAACAGAAAGGAGAUCAGAACCCAAGUACAACUACCAACAAGACUAGCGGAAAACAUGGCAAACAAGGGUCUCCAGCUUCCGAUCCUACAAAAGAAGAAUACAUUCAUGUGAGAGCUCGAAGAGGCCAGGCGACAAAUAGCCAUAGUCUUGCAGAGAGAGUAAGACGGGAAAAGAUCAGUGAAAGGAUGAAGUUCCUUCAGGACCUUGUGCCUGGAUGCAGCAAGGUCACUGGUAAGGCAGUAAUGUUAGAUGAAAUCAUUAACUAUGUACAGUCACUGCAACGGCAGGUUGAGUUUUUGUCGAUGAAGCUCGCAACAGUAAAUCCACGGCUUGAUAUUAACAUUGAAGGGCUCCUUGCAAAAGAUAUGCUUCAGUCGCGGAUCGGUUCUUCAUCUUCACUAGCAUUUUCUCCAGAUAUGCCUAUGGCUUAUCCUGCGCUACAACCGACACAACAAGGGCAGCUUAUUCUGACGGGUCUUCCCGGAGUGGGGAGCUCUUCUGACUUACUUCGGCGAACAAUUAGUUCCCACUUGACACCUUUGACCGGAGGAUUCAAGGAGCCUACUCAGCUACCAAAUGUGUGGGAAGAUGAGCUUAACAAUGUUGUCCAAAUGAGUUUUGGAACCAGAACUUCUAAUAACCAAGAUGUGGAUGGGUCUCUACCGGCUAGCAAUAUGAAAGUUGAACUUUGAUUAUCCUCUUUGUGAAUUUUUUGCCAGAGUUCUAUGGUGGCCCCAUACAUUGCACACAACCACGUUAAAUGACAAAACCAAACUUCAUGAGAUUGACACAUUUCCUCUUCCAAGAAGAACCAAGGUUUUAACAGGAAGAUUAACAUGAGAAUAUUUACUUCCACGAAUCAAGCUUUACACUAGAAGAUUUCAAAAAUCUCUUUUAUGAGGCGUUUAUAUAUUGCUGUAUAUCCAAGAAAUUGGACUUCCUUGGUUCAAGGGACUUCGCUUGGAGAAGAACAUAAUGUAUAGAUUGAAAUUACAAAAGAUAUGAGAGGAAAAUGUCAAGAAAAUCGCAACGAAAUCAUGGUCGUGUUUUGUUCAUUGAAUUAGAAGCUACUUAUGCUGAUUAAUUAUAUAUUAACAAAUGUAAUCUCAUUUCUUCCUUCUUUUGAUUUAUUUAUAUUUUAU